CUCAGGCCAAGGAGGGAGAGUAGCCGCGAUUGCAGCAUCUGCGAAGCGGGUUCGCGCACCUGGCCAGAGCAGCCGCCGGCACCAUGGCAGAUCAAUCUUUUGUGACACUAGCUACCAACGAUUCUUAUGUGAAAGGAGCGCUUGUAUUGGGGUCAUCUCUACGUAACUCCAGAACAACAAAGAGGCUGACAGUACUUAUAACUCCUCAUGUGUCUGAUGCAAUGAGGCAAGUCUUGGAAAAAGUCUUUGAUGAAGUAAAACUGGUGGAUGUGUUGGAUAGCGGAGACUCGGCCCAUCUUGCAUUACUCAAAAGACCUGAGCUUGGUGUUACAUUGACAAAACUCCACUGCUGGGAACUGACACAUUAUUCAAAGUGUGUGUUCAUGGAUGCUGACACAAUGGUUUUGUCCAAUAUUGACGAACUGUUUGAAAGAGAAGAGCUUUCUGCAGCACCAGAUCCCGGCUGGCCAGACUGCUUUAAUUCUGGAGUUUUUGUCUUCCGGCCUUCCAUUGAAACAUUCAAUCGGCUAUUAGAACUUGCCACAGAAAAAGGCAGCUUUGAUGGUGGGGACCAGGGAUUAUUAAAUACCUUUUUCAGCAGCUGGGCAACAACAGACAUCAGCAAACAUCUGCCUUUUAUUUAUAAUCUAAGCAGUAUUUCAAUCUACUCCUACCUCCCAGCAUUUAAAGCGUUUGGGACAAAUGCAAAAGUGGUGCACUUCCUGGGAAGAAUGAAACCAUGGAACUACUCGUAUGACUUCAAAUCAAAAAGUGUCAAAGAUGAUUCACACGAUCCCACGAUGGUUCAUCCAGAGUUCCUCAACAUGUGGUGGGAUGCCUUUGUCACAGAUAUCUUGCCGUUACUGCAGCAGCAUGGCGCCAUUAAGGACACAGCCACUGGUGUCAAGGCGGAAGAGGUCGCAGAGGCAGUGUCCCACCUGUCACUUUCCUCUACAGAACUGGCACCUUCACCACCAUCACCACCGACCAUGUCUUCAGAAGAAAGGAAAGAGCGAUGGGAACAGGGCCAGGCUGACUACAUGGGAGCAGACUGCUUUGAUAACAUCCAGAAAAAACUUGACACCUACCUCCAGUAGAAGCACUUGUAUCUGCUUGACAGACAUCAGCAAUACGAGGACUUGUUCCAGAGCUGUAGCAACUAAGAAAAGUCUGAUAGGUGGUCAGUUAUACUUGUUAGCAGCUCUGCCACUGCUCAGCUAAAGGUUGUUGCACUCUCACAUGUAAGAACUGAGCAAAAGCUGUUUAAGUAUCAGUCCUUGUGCCAAUAUGUGUGCCCAACAGCCGUAUCUUUUCCUGUUGCACCAAACCUAAUGCUGUACACUCUAUAAAGAACUCAUUGGGAACAAGGCACAUAACUGGCUUGAAACGUACUACUUAGACCUAUAGGACUGUGCUUUACCUCUUCUCUCCCCUCCCCAGAAAACUCUAUAUUUUUUGCUUGCUAUAUUAAAUAAUGGCUAGAAGUUAAGGCAGCUACAGUGAAAGGGGAGGGGGCUUGCAGAAAGGACAAAAUAUGCAACAUCUGACUUGAGACAGUACUGCUAUUUAUUCUGCCGAUUUCCAGCCAUACUGCAGAUUCUGACCAGAUUUCUAUGCACAGUUCCUACAGCAUGGCAAAAUGCUCUUGUUCAGUUCUGUGUACUUCUUGGGACUAGUGAAAAAAAGUUGCUGAACCGUUACCUGUAAUCACACUGAAAAUACAAAAUAAAAAGUCAUGGUAAACUUCCA